AAUGGGGGAAAUGGAAUGUCGCCACCGGAACUGAAUCCGUCCAGCCUCUUCACACAUUCCUCCGCGCCGGAAGUGGAUGCGGCUGCCGCCGUGGCCGGUCUGAAGGGCAGAGAGCUGGCUCCAGAGUGGCUUUGUCCGGAUCUCUGCGCCCCGGAAAGGGUGUGAGGCAUAAGGUUCCGACCGUCCUGCUGGGGUCAGGGACUCUUUUCCGAGUUGGAGGCGGAGGGGCACCGUGUCCUUCGCUUCCGGCGGAGGGAUUUUCUCGGUACACGUAACUUCCGGCCGAGCCAGAGUCAGAGAGGAGGAGGAAAAAAAAAACCCCGAAGAGGAAACAAAAACAAACGGGAGGAGCCGCCGCGGCGGGCACCUGGGACCCCGGCCUGGCCAGCGAGCCCGCGCCCCUCCCCAGCUUCCUGCCCGGCUGCAGCCGGGGCCCGUAGGAUGCGCCUCAGCCCCCGGCCCGGCUGGUCCUGGCUGUGACCCGUCCCCGCUAGCAGAGGAGAAGGAGCCCGUAGCCCCCGUCCCCGGCUGUUCCUGCGGAGCCGGUGCCCCCCGCGCCGCCAUGUCGGGGGGCGGCGGGUCGCGCUACGCGGCGGAGUUCGUGCCCCCGCCCGAGUGUCCCGUGUUCGAGCCCAGCUGGGAGGAGUUCAGCGACCCGCUCGGCUUCAUCGGCCGGAUCCGCGGCCUGGCCGAGAAAACCGGUAUCUGCAAGAUCCGGCCCCCCAAGGACUGGCAGCCUCCAUUUGCAUGUGAAGUACAAAGUUUUCGUUUUACCCCACGAGUCCAGCGCUUGAAUGAAUUGGAGGCAAUGACCAGAGUGAAACUCGACUUUUUGGAUCAGUUAGCAAAAUUUUGGGAACUUCAAGGUUCCACUUUAAAAAUUCCUGUGGUGGAGAGAAAAAUCUUGGAUCUCUAUUCUCUGAGCAAGAUUGUUGCCAGCAAAGGAGGCUUUGAGGUGGUCACUAAAGAGAAGAAAUGGUCCAAAGUAGCUAGUCGGCUAGGCUACCUGCCAGGAAAAGGCACUGGAUCAUUGCUGAAAUCUCACUAUGAACGGAUACUGUAUCCCUAUGAACUCUUCCAGUCUGGGGUUAGCCUUAUGGGCAUCCAAAAGCCAAACUUGGACCUUAAGGAAAAAGUGGAGGCAGAGGACCUCGGCUCUGAUGCCCAGGCUUCCCCAAAGCAGGGCACAAGAAUGAACGUUGUGCUGAAGAGAACCAGACGCAUCAAAUCCCAGGCAGAGGCAGGAGAGAUGAGUAGAAAUACUGAGUUGAAGAAGCUGCAGAUCUUCGGAGCUGGACCCAAGAUGGUGGGACUGGCUUUGGGAGCAAAGGAUAAAGAAGACGAGGUCUCUCGAAGACGCAAAAGCACCAAGUCAGAAGGAUUUGGCAUGCAGAUGAGGCAGCGCAAAGGGACAAUUUCGGUCAACUUUGUUGAUCUGUAUGUUUGCUUGUUUUGUGGCCGGGGAAACAAUGAGGACAAACUGCUACUGUGUGAUGGAUGUGAUGAUAGCUACCACACUUUUUGCUUGAUUCCCCCUUUGCCUGAUGUGCCAAAGGGUGACUGGAGAUGCCCGAAAUGUGUUGCUGAGGAAUGUAACAAACCACGUGAGGCCUUUGGAUUUGAGCAGGCUGUCAGGGAGUACACCCUCCAGAGCUUUGGAGAGAUGGCAGAUAACUUCAAAUCUGAUUAUUUCAACAUGCCAGUCCAUAUGGUUCCCACUGAGCUGGUGGAGAAGGAGUUCUGGCGACUGGUGAGCAGCAUUGAGGAGGAUGUCAUUGUGGAAUAUGGGGCUGAUAUCUCAUCCAAGGACUUUGGAAGUGGUUUCCCUGUGAAGGAUGGCCGUCGAAAGAUGAUGCCAGAAGAGGAGGAGUAUGCACUUUCUGGUUGGAACCUGAAUAACAUGCCAGUGUUGGAACAGUCAGUCCUCGCUCAUAUCAAUGCAGAUAUCUCUGGCAUGAAGGUGCCCUGGCUGUAUGUAGGGAUGUGCUUCUCCUCUUUCUGCUGGCACAUUGAGGACCACUGGAGCUAUUCCAUCAAUUACCUGCACUGGGGAGAGCCGAAGACCUGGUAUGGAGUGCCCUCUCAUGCAGCAGAACAACUAGAGGAGGUGAUGAGAGAGUUGGCUCCUGAACUGUUUGAGUCACAGCCUGAUCUCCUGCAUCAGCUUGUCACCAUCAUGAACCCCAAUGUGCUGAUGGAACAUGGUGUGCCUGUGUACAGGACCAAUCAGUGCGCUGGUGAGUUUGUUGUGACUUUUCCUCGUGCUUAUCACUCCGGAUUUAACCAGGGCUACAACUUUGCUGAGGCCGUGAACUUCUGCACUGCAGACUGGCUUCCCAUUGGACGUCAGUGUGUGAAUCAUUACCGGCGUCUAAGACGUCAUUGCGUCUUCUCCCAUGAGGAGCUGAUCUUCAAGAUGGCCGCAGAUCCAGAGUGUUUGGAUGUGGGGCUUGCUGCCAUGGUCUGCAAGGAAAUGACUCUCAUGACAGAGGAGGAAACACGCUUAAGGGAAUCAGUUGUGCAGAUGGGAGUGCUGAUGUCGGAAGAGGAGGUGUUUGAACUGGUUCCAGAUGAUGAGCGUCAGUGUGCAGCCUGCAGGACCACAUGCUUCUUGUCUGCUCUUACUUGCUCUUGUAAUCCUGAGCGGCUUGUAUGCCUGUAUCAUCCGACUGACUUGUGUCCCUGUCCCAUGCAGAAAAAGUGUCUCAGGUACCGGUAUCCAUUAGAGGAUCUCCCUUCUCUUCUGUAUGGAGUGAAAGUUAGAGCACAGUCCUACGACACUUGGGUCAGUAGAGUUACAGAGGCACUGGCUGCCAACCUCAACCACAAGAAAGAUGUGAUUGAGUUGAGAGUGAUGUUGGAGGAUGCUGAAGAUAGGAAGUAUCCAGAGAAUGAUCUCUUCCGCAGGCUCAGAGAUGCUGUGAAAGAGGCAGAGACCUGUGCUUCGGUGGCACAGCUGCUUCUGAGCAAAAAGCAAAAACACAGCAGGCUGAGCCCAGAUAGUGGGAGAACUCGGACCAAGCUGACGGUGGAGGAGCUGAAAGCAUUUGUCCAGCAGCUAUUCAGCCUUCCAUGUGUCAUUAGCCAGGCCCGACAAGUAAAGAACCUUUUGGAUGAUGUGGAGGAGUUUCAUGAGCGUGCUCAAGAAGCCAUGAUGGAUGAGAUCCCAGACUCUUCCAAGCUGCAAAUGUUGAUAGACAUGGGCUCUGGCCUCUAUGUGGAACUUCCAGAACUGCCCCGGUUGAAGCAAGAGCUGCAGCAGGCACGUUGGCUGGAUGAGGUGAGGUUGACCCUCUCAGACUCUCAGAGGGUCACUCUGGAUGUGAUGAAGAAGCUGAUUGACUCAGGUGUGGGGCUGGCACCACAUCAUGCUGUAGAAAAGGCCAUGGCUGAGCUGCAGGAGCUGCUUACAGUGUCCGAGAGAUGGGAAGAGAAGGCCAAAGUCUGCCUGCAGGCAAGACCACGACAAAGUAUGAUGGCCCUGGAAAGCAUUGUGAAUGAAGCAAAGAACAUCCCAGCUUACCUGCCCAAUAUAUUGGCACUGAGAGAAGCCCUGCAACGAGCUAGAGACUGGACAGCCAAAGUGGAGGCCAUUCAGAACUGUAGCAACUACGCCUAUCUGGAACAGCUGGAGAGCUUGUCUGCAAAAGGCCGUCCAAUACCAGUACGUCUUGAUGCCCUGCCACAGGUGGAGUCACAGGUAGCAGCAGCCCGUGCCUGGAGGGAGCGGACGGCAAGGACUUUCUUGAAGAAGAACUCAAGCUAUACCCUGUUACAGGUUCUGAGCCCCCGGAAUGAUAUUGGGAUUUAUGGAAGCAGUAAGAAUAGACGGAAGAGGGUGAAGGAGUUAAUGGAGAAGGACAAAGACCUUGAUCUGGAAUCCCUGAGUGAACUGGAGGAUGGUCUGGAGGAAGCCAGGGACACUGCGUCUGUGGUGGCUGUAUUCAAGGACCGGGAGCAGAAGGAGAUCGAAGCUAUGCACGCCCUCAGGGCAGCUAACCUGGCUAAGAUGACCAUGGUGGACCAUAUAGAGGAAGUCAAGUUCUGCAUCUGUCGCAAAACGGCUAGUGGGUUCAUGCUACAAUGUGAACUCUGCAAAGACUGGUUUCAUAGCAGUUGUGUGCCUCUCCCCAAAACCAGUUCCCAGAAGAAGGGCUCUAGCUGGCAGGCCAAAGAAGUCAAAUUCCUGUGUCCACUCUGCAUGCGUUCUCGAAGGCCUCGACUUGAAACCAUCUUGUCUCUGCUGGUAUCCCUGCAGAAGCUACCUGUACGGCUGCCUGAGGGGGAGGCAUUGCAGUGCCUGACAGAACGUGCUAUGAGCUGGCAGGACCGAGCACGGCAGGCUCUGGCCACUGAUGAACUGUCCUCUGCUUUGGCCAAGCUUUCUGUUCUCAGCCAGCGCAUGGUGGAGCAGGCAGCUAGGGAGAAAACAGAAAAGAUAAUCAGUGCAGAACUACAGAAAGCAGCAGCUAACCCUGACCUACAGGGUCACCUAACUAGUUUCCAGCAAUCAGCUUUUAACCGUGUGAUAGGGAGUGUGUCGUCAUCCCCCCGGCAGACCAUGGACUAUGAUGAUGAAGAAACAGAUUCUGAUGAAGACAUCAGGGAGACAUAUGGCUAUGAUAUAAAGGAUAAUGCUAGUGUGAAAUCUUCAAGCAGCCUGGAACCCAACUUGUUCUGUGAUGAGGAGAUCCCCAUCAAAUCAGAGGAAGUGGUGACACACAUGUGGACAGCUCCCUCAUUCUGUGCUGAACAUGCAUAUUCAUCUGCUUCCAAAAGCUGUCCUCAAGGUCCUAGCACCCCAAGGAAGCAGCCUCGGAAAAGCCCCUUGGUACCUCGCAGUUUGGAACCGCCGGUGCUAGAGCUGUCACCUGGUGCCAAAUGUCAACUAGAAGAUCUAAUGAUGAUAGGAGAUCUACUGGAGGUAUCUUUGGAUGAGACCCAACAUAUUUGGCGGAUUUUACAGGCCACACAUCCACCCUGUGAAGACAGAUUUCUUCACAUCAUGGAGGAUGACAGCCUGGAUGAGAAACCAUUCAAAAUGAGAGCGAGAGAUUCUUCUGAGCGGAAACGGAAGCGGAAACUGGAGAGAGUAGAGCAGUUCUUUGGAGAAGUGAAGCAGAAAUCUAAAGAGCUGAAGAAACUAGAGAAACCCAAAAAGAAAAAGUUGAAACUGACCUUGGACAAGACAAAGGAGUUGAAUAAGUUGGCCAAGAAGCUGGCCAAAGAAGAGGAGCGGAAGAAAAAGAGAGAGAAGGCAGCUGCAGCAAAAGUGGAGCUGGCAAAGGAGAGCACAGAGAAAAAAAGAGAGAAAAAGGUGCUGGAUAUCCCGUCUAAGUAUGAUUGGUCAGGAGCUGAGGAGUCUGAUGAUGAGAAUGCUGUGUGCGCUGCACAGAACUGCCAAAGGCCCUGCAAGGAUAAGGUAGAUUGGGUGCAGUGUGAUGGUGGCUGUGACGAGUGGUUUCAUCAAGUUUGUGUUGGCGUCUCUCCAGAAAUGGCAGAGAAUGAGGAUUACAUCUGUAUGAACUGCGCAAAGAAACCAAUGCAGGGCCCAAGUAGCCCAGCUCAUGUACCACCUCCCCCGUUCUUACUGAGCUACAAGUUACCAAUGGAAGAUCUCAAGGAGACAAGUUAGCAGCUACUCAGUUUCUCUGGGACUUGGGGAAAACGGACCACCGAGACCCUAUUGAAAGAGGGUGUUUGAAGUUAAUGUAGCCACUCAGCCUCAUUACCAAGGAUGUACAGCCCUGCAGCAGAGAUGGUCCCCUGUUGCUGGCUUCCUCUGUACAACGGGGAUGUCAGAGGCACAGUGGUUCCAAACCAUCAAUGCAGACGCCAUCUCUGUGGGAGUUCCAGCCAAUAUUUUAAAUGAAAGUGUUCCCAGCUGAGUGUGGAUGCUGCCUUCAGAGACUGAGCAGACUUGGAGCUGUUAGAUUAGACACUUGGGUGUGUUAAAAGAGCAUCUGUGAAACGGGAAGUGGGGUUGGCCUGGAAUUGGUGGCCAUUAGCUGGAGCUCUCAGCCCUACCAGGUUGUCCCAUGGAGUCGUAUUGUCCAUGCAGAGAUUUGGAAGUUAUCUUUAGCCCAGUGGUCUCUCCAUACCAACUGAGCCAACAGGGAAAUGUAUGGGAAUAAUGAACCUGCCUCAAUGGCCAGGCAGCUCACACUACAUUAUAGGGAUGGAAGGGGGUGGCUGAAUAGCUCUUAGUGUCUGUUUUGUAGUUAGAGGACAAAGGAGCUCAAGGUCUCAGAAGUCAGCACUGGUUCUGUUUACCAAAAAGACACCCAGCCCCGCCCCGCCCUUCCCAACCAUGUAUAUUUCCCUGACGGGGAAAGUCAAUCUCCCCAUCCUGAGGAGGGCCACAAAGCAUCAGUUAAGAUGUAAAUCUGUGCCAGAGCUUGGAAAGCAAAGAGCACUUUCCCUCUCUACAGGGGUCAUCUCUCCUGUUCUAGGCAUUGUUAAUGUUCCCUGCUCCUGUAUAUUACAGUUGUUUGACACAGGCUGGAGCUGGUGGAGAGAUAUAGCAGGGUGAUCUGUGCCUAGGGAUGGGGAGGAACGAGGACAGCCCACUUACCUCACGGGUUACCUUGACAUGUGCUUCUAUGAAAACUUCCAUUCACAAGUAUUUCCAGUAUCACGAGGCUACAGGCAUGGCCUUGAGCGAUACCAACAAGCAGUCUGCAGAUACUGAUCACAGCGCAGAUCCCCUCCCUGCUGGCUUUGCCUACAAUCAGCAGCAGAUCCUGUUGGAAGUUGCCCCUGGCUUUGCCGGUGGACAGAGGGCGUGGAGUAAUCCUGGGUGACAGUUGUUUUAGUAAAUCCAUUUUUUAAAAAGGACUUGUUUUUACUUUUUUCUAAAUGUCUCAGACUACUGACUUGUUCUAUAAAUAGAUUAUUUUUCUUUGAUUUUUUUAUACUUACCACUGUUACCAGCAGCACAGAGACAGAGGUUCACAAAACAAAAAACCUGCCCACGGGCUUGGUUUUUUUUACUUCAUUCCUUCCUUGUAGUACAAGGAAUUAGCAGUUAUCUUCCCCAUCCUAGCCUAACCAGCUGCCUGUGUUUAAAUAGGUAAAUACAUUUCACGUGCUACCUUCAUGUUUGGGAUUGUUCCUGUUAGUGGGGCACUUGGGCCUUGCUGACUCCAGUCUUUGCUGGCUUAAUGUAUGUGAGUGUCUGAAGCUGGCCACUGUGCUGUCUUGCCCCCCUUUCCCUGUUGUGUUUCCAUUCUUCUACAGUUCUAGGAGUGUUGUAAGUAGUGUCCAGGCUUAGUAGAAGCUGGGCUGGGAUUUAAAAAAAAAUUGACAAAAACAA